GCGAAAUUAAAUGAUAUAAAUUUUAUUUCGUUCCAUCACUUUAUAAUUAUAUUUUUUUCCAUCCAAUUUAGUCUCAUCAAACAAUUUAUCUUUUUCCAUUCCAAACCAUGUUUGUUUCACUCCAUUCGGCUCCAUUACAUAGACUUAUCCAAACUCCGACUAUUCAAAAUCCAACUUCUCUCAUUCAACAUUGCAUCGGAUCCUUCUCGGCGGCGAGACCUUUUCACCGGUCCGGAAAACAUAAUGGAUUGUUUGGCUACAAAAUCAGUUCUUUCUAAUCAGUUUGCUCCAUUUUCUACCAUCAAUACUAAUUCCGCCACUAACUCCAAAUUGAGAACCAGUUUCAAUAGAAUUUACGGAAGCACGACCAAAGAAAAGUUAUGUCUCUUAUUCUCUAGGGAUAAUUACCUAGUUGGGAGGAAUGUUGCAAUCAAAUCAAGCAGAGAAGUGUCUUAUUUGAAAACCCGACAAGAACAUGGAACUUGGGAAGAACCAGAUGUUGCUAGUGACAGUGAUAACGAGGAUGGUGUUGAAGAAGACGAGAGCCUUGGAUUUGAAAGUGAUGGGGAAGAGACAGAGACUUCACAAACUGCCGGUGUUAAUAUCACCUCACAGGCCGAGUAUGAGGAGCGUAUUAAAAAAGAGGUUGAACAGCUUUUGGAACCAGAAGAAAGAAAGAUAUUGCAACAAAAUGUAACUCCUAACUUUGAAAAGAUAUCAUCUGAAAAAUGGAGUCCACUGCACUCUCUUGCCUUAUCACUUCAAAUUUAUAGCAUGGACCAGCUUGUUCAAAAUGGUUACGAUAUUGAUUUUCUCAAUAAGGAAGGUCUCACUGCACUUCAUAAGGCAAUUAUAGGUAAAAAGGAAGCGGUUAUAAGCCAUCUUUUACGGAAAGGUGCAAGUCCUCAUGUCAAGGAUAAGGAUGGAGCUACUCCACUUCAUUAUGCAGUUCAAGUUGGUGCAAAGCAAACUGUGAAAUUAUUGAUUAAAUACAAUGUUGAUGUCAACGUUGCAGAUAACGAAGGUUGGACCCCAUUGCAUGUUGCCAUUCAAAGCAGGAAUAGAGAUAUAGCGAAAAUUUUGUUAGUCAAUGGUGCAGAUAGGAUGAUGAAAAAUAAGGAUGGAAAAACAGCACUGGAUCUAAGCUUAUGUUAUGGAAAGGACUUCAUGUCUUAUGACCUGGCUAGAUUACUGAAGGUAGUUCCAGCCAACUGAGUUCUAUAAUGUGCUGAGGUGUAAUUGAGCAGAACCAGGUUGAAGUUUCAGUUAAAUGUUAUGUGCUUCUAAUUGGUGCUUCACACUUCUUCAUUCAUUGGAGAUCUUAGAGACAAAUCUUUCUCAAAAUGAAGUUGUCUAGAUCUUGGAGAUCUUAGAGUCGAAUCUUUCUUCGACAUCAAUGAUCCUGGGAUUUUUUUUGCAGCAUAGCUUUAACUCAUAGUUUUGUGAAAAACCAAAUACAUAGUGCAGAUUAUAAGUCUUCCAUUGAAAAGUUGUUUAUAAUAUUUAAAUGACAGAUAAGAAUUUCUGUUGAGGUGUUA